AGUUCGUCAAGUAGAUUGACUCACCCAAAUUGCGGGAUUGUGCGCAACAUCAAAUCCGCAAUUUCCGCGUCGAUCCGGCAACACGGCGGCAAUGUUUACAUCCACACGCGGCCGCGAACGUGUGUGCGUAAAAACAGGUACCGGUAUACCAACGAAUCGAAUGACCACCUGAAGAAGAAGGAAUUCUUCUCGCAACUCGCAGCGUGCCGUGGAACCAACAGCCUGCUCGAUUAUUUUCGAACGUUCGAGUUCGCAUCAUGCGCGGCCUUUCUGCCAUCGGCACGUUUUUUCCCGGUGCAAGCGCGAUUUCGAGCAUCUUCAUGAAUUGAAUUAUCGAAAAUACCGCGCCCAGUGGGCCAUGGAUGAUCCGCGACGAGACAGCUGACUGUCGCGCUCCCGCCGCCAUCUGUCAACAUCGAACGUUGCAACAAGUGCAUCAGUGCGCGAGUGUUUGAGGAAAACUUCCCUCCCGUUUUUCCGGACUUUCUGGGAUUAUCUUGAGGAAGCAUGGCCAGUUUCAGGGAUUUGCAGUUCGAUUGGUCGAUGAUCAAUACUGAUAGCGAUAACUGGACCGAAGCAGAUAUCCUAGAUAAAACCGAUAUCUGUCGAUCAGAUAUUUCACCUGCCGCUGGUCUAGUUCCUACAGAAUCCUUGGAAUACCGGUCGGUGUGCGCAAGAAUUCGUCGUGAAUUGAACAAAUGCGAAAGUAAAAGUGAACCAACACUGCACCACAGAACAGUUGAUGCUGGAAUUUUUGACUCCAUAAAAGCUCAAGUUUUAUAA